AUGGCAUCAAGCCACGCAACUGUUGUCAGAAGGACAAUUCAGCCACCAUUGUCAUCCUCCUACUCUAAUCUCCUUGUAACCGAAUUCUUCUCAAUGUUAAACCUAGCACCCUUCACUGGGCUUCGACUAGGUGCCACUACCCUCUCCUUCUUCACCAAAAAGCCUUCAAACAUCAUUCAAGCUUUGUCUCCAUCCGUUCCAGGGAGCCAAAAGUUUUUGCCAUUCGUCUUUCCACGCUAUGGCCAGGCCCUUAGUUUAAGCCUCGCUGUGGACUGUAUUAUGGCGAAGCUUCAACAAAUGAUAACGAAAAUUGAGAGCACCUCAGCUCAAACUAUUGUGUUGCGGCAACACACCAGGCUUCUUGAGUGUAUUCAGCAUGACUUGGACGAUAGAAGCCAGUGGAUGAGCUCUGAGACAUUAUGUGCAAUACAGUUAUUGGGAUUAUUUGAUUUGAUCAGUAACGCCAGCCUUCAAUCAUGGUUGUGCCACGCUGCGGGUGCCUCAAGGCUGAUUGAGCAGCGCGGUGCUCAGAAUUUCAAAACAGACUUUGAUUUGGCUAUACUCGCAGCUCAGAUUGGUCCUAUAAUUACGGAAGCGAUUCUUCAUAAUCGAAAUUGUUUCCUCACGGAUGAACCUUGGAAGGCGGUUAUUUGCAACGCUAUUCUUUGUGACGAGUAUUUCUCUAAUUACCGCGAUAUUAUAAUUUGCCUAUGGACACAUCUUGUCCGAGGCCCAAACCAUUUUAAAUCAGCGACUGAUAUGAUCACAGCGACGGAGCCCCCAUCGCCUGAAGAGUACAGUACUCUCAUCAGCGAUAUAAUGAGCCACAACGAGAGCUUAUUAGGCGUGACGGAUCUUUUCCAAAAACGGCUUGCUGCUGCAGAUAGCCAAGUUGGACUCACCGGAACAGAGAUCAUGCCAGACUCCAACGGACAUUCCUUGCGGGUAAAUCCGCUAGAGAUUGAGGGAACCUUGACUUUAUGCCGUUUAAUGAAGUUGCGACUGCUGUUCGCAUUGGCACCAGCCCGGUUUUCUGGCAUGGAAAUCGAGAGCCAGAAAUUGGCUAUCCAAGUCAUGGACCUUGACAGGAAAUCAAGUGAGCAAAAAGAAGAUAGAAUCAUGGGGGCAUUGUUUAUGUCACAGACGACAUGGAUAGCGAGGGCUACUAUAGAAACGUAUGAUAUUUGGAAAACUGCAGUGGAAAGUACGGGUAUGAUUGCGAAAUGGAAGUUUGAGGCGUGGUGUCAUGCCAUGGGAAGAAGAAUUGAUAUCUCGGCUUGUACUUCCUUGCAUUGA